AUGACCAGCACUAGUAGCGUAGCCUUGCGCAGGCGGAGUUCAAUUGGCCAUGAUGGGGCUACGCCAGAAAGCUCCUGGCUCUUGGAUGAAUUCAGUGUCACAGUGCCAACUAAGGGUGUGAUAUACACUUUUGUUUGCAAGUGCUGGCUGGCUCAGGACAGGGGAGAUGGUCUCACCUCACGUGUCUUCAACAUCCUGGAUGCGGAUUGCAUCAAUAUUGGCCUAAAGAUGACAAGCCAGGCACCAAGAAUUCUCAGCAAAUGUCUCUUCUCUUCCAGAUUUGAAAUUGGGCAAAAGGAUACUUUUAUCAUGGAGAUUCCAGAUAUUGCGUCACUCAAGAAGAUGCGAAUAAGGACAGACGGGACUGGAUGCCGCCCUGACUGGUUUCUGGAACAGGUCACCGUGAAGAACCUGUCCACUCAAGAGGUUGCCACGUUUACCUACAAUGACUGGCUCUCCAAACAGUGGGGGGACAAUCUGACCCUCGAGUGUGAGAUUGCAGCGAUGAUCAAUGAUGAGCUGAUGAUUGAAGACACGACGUACGUCAUUCAGGUGAAAACCAGCAAUAUCGGAGGUGCUGGAACCGAUGCCAAUGUCUCCAUGAUUAUUUGGGGAGAGAACGGGGACAGUGGGACCUUGGCUUUGAAGGAAUCAAACAGGUCCAACAAGUUUGAAAAGAACCAGCUGGAUGUCUUCUAUUUUCCUGACAUCUUCAGUCUCGGGGAUCUCUGCAAAGUGCGGAUCUGGCACGACAACAAAGGAAUCGCGCCAGGCUGGCAUCUGGAAUAUAUUGAUAUUGAAGACUCUCUUGUGGACAAAAUUUUCCGUUUCCAGUGUGACCGCUGGCUUGCAAAAGAUGAAGAUGAUGGCCAGAUUAUACGGGAACUGGCCUGUGCCAAUAAUGACAUUUUGGAAUUGAAAGAACGAACCUCAACCAAUUUGUCUAUGUUGUGUGUACGAGCUUCUCUCAUAAGCACAUUGCUCAAGACCAAGCAAAGAGACUUUAAAUGCAUUGCUGUGCCCGGAAUACAUGAGUUGGUAUUAGGAGCAUCGGAUGUAUUCCAGUUUUCUUCCAAAAACGUUGAUGAUAUCGCCGCCAUCUGUGUUGGUCACUGUCCAAAAGAUGGGAAGAAACUGAAGGCGAAAUUGGACAUAUAUUGGCAUGUUCAGGAAAUUGUCGUUACAGAGAUGGAACUUGGCAACAAGUAUUUCUUCAAAUGCAAUGCGAAAAUUCCCCUCCGCGCCAAGAGAGGAGACUACAAGGUUUUUGAAUGUGCCAAGGUGAUCGAAAGCUUCGCCAGCAAAGCUCGGAGUUUGGUACCCGUCCGAUACGAAGUGAUCGUCGUGACCGGCUCCCAAAAAGCAUCUGGCACAGAUGCCAACGUCCACAUCACCAUAUUUGGAACGAACGGGGAUUCGGGCAAGCGGCGUUUAAAGCAGAAAUUCCGCAAUCUCUUUGAACGGGGCAGCACCGAUCGGUUCUACCUAGAAAUCCUCGAACUCGGGGAGUUGAAGAAAGUUCGGAUUGAGCACGACAGUAGCAGGCUGUCUCCCGGGUGGCUGGUGGAGCGAGUCGAGAUCACCAACUCGGCGACGGGCAUAACGACCAACUUUCCCUGCGGGAAGUGGUUGGAUAAGAAUAAAGGGGAUCAGUUAACGUGGAGGGAAUUGUUUCCCAGGAGUUAA